AUGCCUGCGAUACCACCAGGUGUUGCUGUACAAUCUGCUGGACAAGAAGAUUUUUCUAUUCAACCAUCAUCUGACGAAUAUAGUGAUAAAGAAAUAUUGAAUCUUGUCAAUUAUUUUGAGAUUAGUCGAGCGGAAUUACAAAAUCGUGUCGAUUCAUUAUUAGCACAACCAAUUCUUAAAUCAAAAAAUAUUGAUGAAAAAGCACCGAAACUCUUAGACGAUGAUUAUAUCGCCAGCAUUGGAAACAGUUUAAAUAUGAAUAGUUUAAGAUUAUAUUCUCAAGGUGAUCCAAUUACUUUAGCAAUCGCUUCGACAUUACGUUUAUUAUCAAACGGGACUACAAUUCAUUCAUUUAGUACAACGUGGUUUAAUUCAAAAUUUAUAUUUCGUGAUAUCGAAGAUCCUAUAAAUUAUGGUCUUGUUGCUGAUAGAACGGGAGCACGCGGCUUGAUUUUAUGUGUUCAGUCGUUUAUAUUACGUUCAUUAUUAACAAAAAAACUAUUAUCCGAAGUCAAACAUGGAUCUGUAUCUGUCAGUGCAGAAGCUCGUAUAGAUGCAUUUGUUGAUGCUAUAACAGAGAUGUUAUGGCAAGCAGGUGAUCGACGUGGAGCAACUAUUGUUGUUCCAUAUGGUGAUGAAUGUUUUUCAAACUAUGGUGAUCAUUAUGUACCGGACGAAUUUACUGAGAGACUUCAUCUAUUCGAAUUCGUUGAUAUUGAAAAAUUACGAUUAUUUGUUAUCAAGUGUCUUCAAUACGAGAAACCACUGUACGGUAUAAAAGAACGUAGUCAAAUUGGAUUUUUACAUUGGAGUAAAUAUGAAGAAGAUGAGGAAUGGAAUAAAGAAAUUGGUAGUAUGUUUCGAACACCGAAAUAUCCAAUAUGGAUGGUAUGCUUAAAUAAACGUUAUGCAAUUAUAUUUUCAACAAAUAUCAACCUGUUAAAUAAUUGGAUAUAUGAAAAUUAUUUUCAAUUACAAAUCUAUACGGGAUUGAAAAAACAAGAAAAUCCAUGCAUCAUUCAUAUUGAUACAAGAAAUCAAUAUCCAAUCUCUUAUUACAAUACGUACAGUGAUAUAGAAGACGAUCAAAGAACGCCAGACAUAAUUCAGUUGUUGCAAUCACGUUGGGCCGGGUGCAUAAUUGAAGAUGCUGAUCCACAUGAGCUUAUGACACUAUUUUAA